AUGCCUGCUCAAUUACCCCAAGUUGCGUAUAAGCGCAUAUCUCAACCUGAAGUCGGUGUCAACAAUUACCAAGGUUUCACACCCGGAAAGGUCGAGAUUGUCAAAAAGGGUGCCCGACCCUACGGAGGCCGCGCCUUGGAGAGCGAUAUUCGGAUAGAUCACGAUGUUGAGAUUAAAGUUCGCGACGGUGUACGGUUGUAUGCAGACAUCUAUCGACCUGCAGAUGUAAAGGAUGACGAGAAGCUGCCUGCAGUCGUCAGUUGGUCCUGUUACGGGAAAAAGUAUUCAGCUCUUCACAUGCUGCCUAUGUGUGUGUGGCAAUGCUGUGUGCCUAAGGAGGCCUUGAGCGGCUUGGAAAAAUUCGAAGGCCUUGAUCCGGUAACGUGGUGUCCCCGUGGCUAUGCAAUCGUUUCAGUCGACUCCCGCGGCACAGGGGAUUCCGAUGGAUCCAUUCCCCUUAUGGGAUCUCAGGAUGCCGAAGACUGUUACGACGUUAUCGAAGCACUUGCAGCCAUGCCAUGGAGCAAUGGAAAAGUCGGAAUGGCAGGAAACUCCGCGCUGGCAAUUAUCCAGUGGCACGUCGCUUCACUCCGCCCACCCCAUCUAGCUGCCAUUGCGCCCUGGGAAGGAUCUGGUGAUAUCUAUCGUGAGCAGUUCUGCCGUGGUGGCAUCUUCUCAAUGUCCAACUUUGAUCUCAUCACCAAGUUCAUCAUCAAGACAAACAACCCGAACGGCGGCAUUGAGGAUAUGGCCGAGAUGUACCGAAGGUCACCAGUUUCCAACGCCUACUGGGCAGACAAGCGACCAGACAUGACCCAAAUUCAGUGUCCUGUAUACAUCAGUGGAAGCGAUUUCAGCAGUAUUCAUACCAUGGGUUCUGUGAGGGCGUGGCUCGAAAUCCCUCAUGAUAAGAAGUGGAUCCGAUGGAGCUCAUAUCAAGAGUGGUAUGAGCUGUAUUGUGUUAAACACUCGCACGACGAACUGCAAAAAUACUUCGACUUUUAUCUCAAGGGCAUCGCUAAUGAUUGGGAGACAUCAAUACCGAAGGUCCGAUGGUCCGCAUUGCAGUUUGGAGACCAAGACGCAAUUGACAACAUCGAAUAUGCCGACUUCCCCAUACCAGAUACGCAGUAUCGCCAUUUCUAUCUUUCAAAAUUGGGCCUCGGCGAAACACCAGCCUCUUCACCAGCGAUAGUGUCCUACAACUCUGAGGACGCAAAGUCAAUGGCAGAGUUCAAUUAUACUUUUACCGAAAAGUCCCGACUCAUUGGACUACCAAAAGCAGUCCUGUACAUGUCUUGCCCUUCACAUGACGAUAUGAACGUUUUCGUCAUACUACGUAAGCGCGACAAGAAUGGUCAACUUAUGAUGCAUCUCUGCUUUCCAUUUUCUGCAAUUCCAAAGGACAUCAAGAGCAUUGCGGAUAUUCCUGAAAAGGAUCGCCAGAGCACGAACUUGCACAUGGGAAGUGUAGGCACUCUACGUGCAAGCCAUCGGCGAUUUAUCCCAGAAAAGUCUAUCCACGAGCAAUUUCCAUUCCACCCACACGAUAUCGAAGAAAAGGUGAACCCGGGUGACAUCGUGAAACUCGAAAUUGGCAUUUGGUCUAUGGGCGUAGACUUUGAGAAGGGUCAAUCGAUCAGUGUCCAGAUCUCAGGAACAUUUCCAUCUAUUGCUGAGUAUACCGCAUUCUCAACUGAGCGCCCAGAGCAUGAGAGAAACAAAGGCGAGCACAGAAUUCACGUUGGUCCUGAUACACCCAGUCACAUCAUUCUCCCGUUUGUCUCAAUAUAA